CUUUUUCCUACUAUGAUAGUCUACUUAGUUUCCGUCCUUUCUGUAUUAUUCUCGUCACUCUGUCUCCCCUGACGGUCCACUUCAAGUUCAAGCUCCUUCUUUGCUAAGUUGAACUGAAUACCCCACUACCCUCUUUCAUUGUUGCUUCCCAUCACUUGCUUCCUGUGUACUCCUCUUUCUCACUAUAUGAACUCACCAUAACCAUAAACAAUCAAAGACAUUGCUCCCUCACUGAUCAGUGAUCACUGCAAUUUUGAGUUUCAAGCUUUCUGAUCUUCCCAUUAAUCGAAUCUCUUGCUGCCAUGGAACCUGUUUACAUGGACAUCGAUGAUACCCAGCAACUUGCUGCAGAUCCACUACCAUUUGCUAGAAGCUAUCAACUAGAGGCACUGGAGAAGGCAUUAGAGCAGAACACAGUGCUGUUCUUGGAGACUGGUUCCGGCAAGACUCUCGUUGCCAUUAUGCUUCUGCGUAGUUAUGCAUAUCUUAUUCGCAAGCCUUCACCUUUCAUUGCUGUUUUCUUGGUUCCCCAUGUUGUUCUGGUCCAACAACAAGCCGAAGCUGUGGAAAUGCACACUGACCUCGUCGUAGGUAAGUACUGGGGAGAAAUGGGAGUUGACUUCUGGGAUGCUGCUACUUGGAAGGAACAUUUAGAAAAACAUGAGGUGCUUGUGAUGACACCUCAGAUUUUACUCAAUGGCUUGAAGCAUUGCUUUUUCAAGUUAGACUUGAUAAAGGUUUUGAUAUUUGAUGAAUGCCAUCACGCAAGGGGUAAUCACCCUUAUGCUUGUAUUUUGACAGAAUUCUAUCACCGCCAGUUAAGCUCUGGUAAUUUUAAUCUUCCAAGGAUAUUUGGAAUGACAGCUUCUCCAAUUAAAUCAAAAGGUGCAAACUCAGAACAGGCCUAUUGGCAAAAGAUUUGUGAGCUUGAGAAUAUGAUGCACUCAAAGGUGUAUACAUGUGUUAGUGAAUCUGUACUCAUGGAGUUUUUACCAUUUUCAACCCCAAAGUUUAAAUGUUACAAUCACAUGGACAUCCCAUAUGAUUUAUAUGUGAGUUUGGCAGAAAAGUUGAAGAUUUUGAAAGCAAAGUGUGAAUGCAAAUUGAAGCAAAUGGAUCUCACUGAUUCUAUGGUGGAAUCUACAAUCAAGAACUUAACAAAGGUGCAUUCUACGUUGAUAUAUUGUUUGGAUGAACUUGGUGUUUGGCUGGCUUUUAAGGCUGCACAGAGCAUAUCAUGCCGUGGAAGUAACUUUCCUUCAUGGGAUAAAUUGGAUGUGUUUGGGGAGAAUAUUGUUAAAGAGUUCAGUCUUGUAGCCUCACAGGAAUUUGAUAAUUGUACUAAAACUGCUAUUGAACAUCUAGGUCCAAAAUGGUCUAUCGGUGAUAAUGCUAAAGUUGAUGCAGAUGCUGGGCUUUUGACUCCAAAAAUCUUUUGCCUCAUUGAUUCACUUCUUGAAUACAGAGAUUUAAAGGACAUAAGAUGCAUAGUUUUUGUGGAAAGGGUCAUCACAGCCAUUGUCCUUAACUCUCUUCUCAAUGAGCUGCUUCCAAGAUAUAAUGGCUGGAAGAGUGAAUAUAUAGCAGGACAUAAUUUAGGGUUGCAAACACAGACAAGGAAAACACAGAACGAAAUUGUGGAAGAAUUUCGUAAAGGCAUGGUGAAUAUAGUCGUUGCGACCUCAAUUCUUGAGGAAGGCUUAGACGUACCAAAUUGCAACUUGGUGGUUAGAUUUGAUCCUUCAGCUACAGUUAGCAGUUUCAUACAGUCUCGAGGUCGUGCUAGGAUGCGCAAUUCGGACUAUUUGUUAAUGGUGAACAGUGGGGAUCAUUCUACAUGUUCUCGACUGCAGAACUAUCUUUCUAGUGGACAUAUAAUGAGAAAGGAGGCCAUACGCCACGCCUCUGUUCCCUGUUCACCUCUUAAGUUUGAAUUACAUGAUGAUGAGUUUUAUUGCAUUGAAAGCACUGGAGCAGUUGUGACUCUGACCUCUAGUGUCAGUUUGAUAUAUUUCUAUUGCUCUCGACUUCCUUCUGAUGGGUAUUUUAAACCUGCCCCAAGGUGUGUUAUCGUCAAGGAGAGAGAGAUUUGCACAUUGCAUCUACCUAAGAGCUGUCAUAUACAGAAUAUUAGUGUACAAGGAAAUGUUAAAACUUUAAAACAGAAAGCUUGCCUUGAAGCAUGCAAGCAACUGCACAAGAUUGGUGCUUUGACUGAUUAUCUUGUUCCUGAUAUUGUUAUGGAAGAAGCUGUUGUUCAAGAAAUUGGGAAAGUUCCUUAUGAUGAUGAACACCCUUUGUACUUCCCACCUGAGCUGGUCAGCCAAGGUUCAAAGGAGUCCAAAGGAACAUACUACUGCUACUUAAUUGAAUUAAAUGAGAAUUUUGAUUCUGACAUUCCUGUAUGUAAUAUUAUACUUGUCAUGGGAAGUGAACUGGAAUCAGAUAUCUCAACUCUGGAUUUUGACUUAGAAGUUGAUAGAGGACUAUUGACUAUGAAAUUAAAGUAUAUUGGAGAGCUUGAUCUUACUCCAGAAUUGGUCCUUAUAUGUAGGAAGUUUUUGAUUGCUCUUGCCAAAGUUCUUAUGGAUCAUAAUGUAGAUGAAUUGGAAGAUAUUUUAAAUGGUUUGCAGCUGAGGAAAGACCAUGAAAUUGAUUAUUUCCUGCUUCCAUCCAUGGGCUCAUGCCAGAAACCUGCAAUUGACUGGAACUCUGUUGUGUCUGUACUCUUCUCUUAUGAAAAUGCAUGGGAGGAUCAUGUGAAGUGUCCUUUGAAGGAAUCUGCACGUAUUAUGUGGACAAAAAAUGGUCAGCUGUGCAAAUGCAUGCUUGAGAACUCUUUAGUCUCCACACCACAUAAUGGAGAAGUCUAUUGCAUUAGAGCCGUAUUUGAUCAUUUGGAUGGACGGUCACUUUUGAAGUUGAAGAAUGGAGAUUAUAUAACUUACAAGGAGUAUUACAAAAAUCGGCAUAACAUCGAUCUGAUUUUUGAUCAAGAAUUACUUCUUAGCGGACGACAUAUGUUUUCAUUGCAGAAUCACCUUCAUAGAUGCAGACAGCACAAGGGGAAAGAUUCACAAAAUGCAUUUGUUGAGUUGCCCCCUGAACUCUGUUGCAUUAAAAUGUCACCUAUAUCCAUAAGUACUUUCUACUCGUUUACAUUUGUUCCAUCAAUCAUGCAUCGACUGGAGUCUUUGCUCAUUGCUGUCAACUUGAAGAAGAUGCUAUCGGAUCAUUGCAUGCAAAAUGUCUAUAUUCCAACAAUGAAGGUUUUGGAAGCAAUUACCACAAGAAAGUGUCAAGAGAAAUUUCAUUUGGAAUCACUGGAGACUCUUGGAGAUUCUUUUCUUAAAUUUGCUGCUAGUCAGCAGCUAUUCAAAACAUAUCAAAGUGAUCAUGAGGGCCUUCUCAGUAUUAAGAAGGACAAACUCAUCAGUAAUGCUACACUUUGUAAAUUAGGAUGUGACUGCAAACUUCCGGGAUUCAUCCGCAAUGAGUCUUUUGAUCCUAAAAACUGGAUGAUUCCUGGUGAUGCUUCUGGAUGUUAUUCAUUAAGUCAGGAGUUACUCUCCAAUAUAAGGAGUAUAUACAUCACAGGAAGAAGAAAGUUAAAAAGGAAGAUUAUUGCUGAUGUUGUUGAGGCACUUAUUGGUGCCUACCUCAGUGCAGGUGGUGAAAUUGCUGCCUUACUAUUUCUGAAUUGGCUAGGCAUAAAGGUAGAUUUUUUUAAUACACCAUAUGAGCCACAAUUCAAAGUGAACCCAGAGAAGUACAUUAACAUCCAGGGCUUAGAGUCGCUGUUGAACUACUCUUUUAAAAAUCAUUAUCUCUUAUUGGAAGCACUUACUCAUGGUUCUUACAUGCUUCCUGAAAUUCCAAGAUGUUAUCAGCGGUUGGAAUUUCUUGGAGACUCAGUGUUAGACUACCUUAUCACAGUGCAUUUGUAUGAGAAGUAUCCUGGGUUGUCGCCAGGACUUUUAACUGACAUGAGAUCUGCUUCUGUCAACAAUGACUGCUAUGCUAUUUCAGCUGUUAGAGAAGGAUUGCAUAAACAUAUCCUCCAUCUAUCUCAAAAACUUCACAAGGAUAUAGUUGUCACAGUAAAAAAUCUCGAGAAUUAUUCUUCUGAAUCAACUUUUGGAUGGGAGUCCGAUGUUUCUUUUCCCAAGGUUCUUGGAGAUGUGAUUGAAUCUCUAGCAGGAGCUAUUUUUGUUGAUUCUGGAUACAACAAAGAGGUGGUUUUUCAGAGCAUAAGGCCGCUUUUGGAGCCUUUGGUCACUCCAGAUACACUUAAAUUGCAUCCUGUGAGAGAACUUAAUGAAUUAUGUCAAGUGCAACAUUUUGAAAAGAGAAAAGCUGUCUCUUCCCGCAUCAAUGGCACGUCAUCUGUCACUGUUGAGGUUGAAGCUCAUGGGUUAACUUUUGAACACACAUCUUCAGCUGCUGACGAGAAAACAGCUAAAAAAUUAGCUUCCAAAGAGGUUUUGAAGGCCUUGAAAGAUAGAUUCAACAUCUAGAGCGAGUUAGAUUGGUCUUACCAGAAGAAACUGGAGUUACAUCUCUUUUCCAUUCAAAUAUUUUGAACAUUCCGAAUCCCUCUAGCUGGAUUUCGAGGCUGUUUCAUUGUGUUAGCAGAAUGACUUGCUGCAAAUUUGUGUUGUCUAGUUUGGAUGCUUGGCCUCUAUUAUAUGAUGAAGCAGCAGCAGGAGCUAAAUACCCAUUGGUGUUUCUGUCAAAUUGUGGUUAUGAGAGCUUCUAUUCUGCAAUAUUUUGCUGUAUUAAAUGCUUCAUCUUUGCUUAUUUCAAAAAUUUAUUCAAAUUAGUAUAUGUUACCUUUUCAAUAACAAACGUUCAACUUUCAACUAUUAAUAUAAAUAAGUACAAAUAAUUAGUUAUGAUA